GAGGAGGGGCACGGGCAAAGACCCAAGAAAAUCCAAAGGUUUAAAAUAAGACAAGCCCAAAUCAGGCUAGAAACAAGGGGCAUGUUUUAGCAGUGUGGGUGAUGAGUGGCUGGGGCUGGGGUUGGGGCAAGGUCUCUGUUGUUGGCACAUCUCAACCAAAAAGGGAUGUUUUCCUAAGUGGUGUGUGGUAUCUGGACCAGGAAUUGAACCCAGGUUAGCCACUUCCAAAGCCACUGCUGGUGUCUUAGACUUGGUAGAAAGCCAGGACAACCCCUAAAUUUGAGUGCUCAGAGGUCUUGUGGCUUCUGCUCCAUCUCGGUGUUCUCCCCUGCCUCCGUGCUGCGUUGUGUGCAAGGGCAGGCUGUGUGGGCUGCUAUUGAUGUGUUUGAUCAGAUUAAAUUGGGGGAGCUUCCUUAAAAUAUUCAUGGGCUUCUUCCUUGCCAGCACAGAGCACUCCACAGUGUGUUUCAAAGCCAGCACUGUGUGGCACAGCCCUACCUGGGGCUGAUCCGCUUCCCGACUUUAUACUGCUUGUGUGAUGUAGAAAGAGCAGCUCCCAGCUGGGUUUGCCUCAGCGUGGAUCCUGCCAGCUCAGUUUCGAAGAGGCUGCUUUGUAGCUGCUGCCUGAAUACUGUUAAGGUUCCCCCAAAUCUCCAGAGCGCUUGGAGUCUGGCUGUGGCAUUGGGGGCCCUGCCAGCUGCUAAAAGGAAGUGGUGGGGAUUACCAGGAUGGGCAAUUAGUGAAAUGGGUGGUGGCAGCCUAAGCUAGGCUGCCCAUUGAGCCCAGCUCUGCUCGGCAGUCUCUGCCAGCCCAUUUCAUCUCCAGGGGUUUAAAUGGUGCCAGGUAUCUCUGUGGGAGCUGCCAUUUUGCCCGCACUUCCAGCCUGAAGAUGCAGGGCCCAGAAAUGUGGCUCAUGCUGGAAUAACCGGGGCAGGAGAGGGCAGAGGCUUCAAACCAGGGCUAGAGGGCAGAAGGCUUGGUGGAAGCACUACCUUUCCAUGCAGGCAGGCAGUCAGGAGCAGCAUUUUUCAGGCUGCAGAGCAUAUGUUUGUGGCGGAAGCAGCCUCAGGCCACCUGGCAGCUCAAGUCACAAGUUGUAGGCUGAGCUCUUUGGACAGAACCUUUCUCUUUAAAUUAAAUCCCAGAAACUUGAGGGCAGCAGGGAGAAAUGGGCUCUGCUCCCCACCUUGGACAGCUCUGGGGGCUCCUUACUCCAGGCAGGGUUGACAGUCCCAUGCCUUCCUUUGGGGAGCCUUGCCCACAGCCCUGUGGUGCUCCCCUGCUAGAAAUUGUUUCCCGAUGCUUGGCUUGUCGUUUUGCUGGUUGGUUUCUGUUGCGAGUUGCACCCUGUGUGAUCCCAUUCCUCCUGUGGGGUUUCUCCUGUCCAGGUACUUCAGGGUUGUGUUUGUUCUGCUUCUCCUCCCAUGCAGGUGCCCAAGUGCUGUGGAUUUAUUCUGUUGCCUUUUCCUCUUGGUUUGGUCUUGGUCAUGCUGCUGAGCCUUGGGCCCUGGAAUGGAGCGGGAUGGGGUAACAAGGCUGUGUUCCUGCCCCAGCCCCCUGGAGGAGAACUGGCACUAUCUGUUGGCACAGUGACUGGGAAGGUGCUGGGCAUUGCAUAGCCAGGGUAGCUACCAGCCUGAACUUUCUCUUUUCCAUCACUUGUAGCCAUGCCCAUGCCUUACAUGCCAGUGGCAUAGAGUCUUGUUAAGCCAUUGUCAAAGUUAGGGCAGGCUGCUGCAGUACAUGACAGUGCCCUCAAAGGCAAGGGAUAGGCAUGGCCUGCAGGCCCCCAACAACUGUGUGGUGGAGGAUGAUUCAUUAGGGAAUGUGUGUCCUGGAACAUGGCUCUGCAAGGCAAGGGGCAGCCUGAGUGCCAGACUGGGGCCCAGCGAGCCAGCACAAAGGUUAGGGCAGUGACAGACACUCAGGGCCACAUCCCAGAUUGCCAGGAGGGGCCUCUACACCAUCUAAUUACACCUCCCACCUUGGCAGGGACAUGCUGUGUUAAGCUGUUGACUUCAGCAUCUGGCAAAAGUCAGAUGCUGCUUUAUCACUGGGAACAACUGCAUCAGGAUGGCUGACAGGCUCACUGGGGCAGGAGGGGCAGCCCUGGAUUUUUUGCCCUUUCUCUGGCUCUACUGUAAUGACCCUAUGUCUGUUGCUGCUGGGGUCUGGGCAGGAGCCUGAUGUCCUAGCUGAGUCAUGUCCAGGAGUUAGGGCUGACUAAGGACACCUCUUUACCACUUCCACAAUGCUUCUGCAAGUGGUAGCAUAACUGGGGGGGAAGCAAAUGGAGCACUAGCCGUGGGUGCCAACUGUGAGGGGACACCAGAAUCCUCAUGAAGUCUUUGCCACGGCAGGGGCAGUUUUGUACUGCUGGCUGUAGGAGCUUCACGUCCAGCAGUGCACCUAGGGGUUGGGGGUUAAGUGGGAUGAGCAGAACGGCACUCCUCCCCCCACCCCACCCCUGGGAGAUUUUGUCAGAGCAGAUGCACCCUGUCUGUGCCCAAUAGCAUUUGGUAGUGGGGGUGGCAAACAGGGCACCAGGUGUGGCUCCCAGGGAGCCCUUGCCCCAAGGCUGCUGCUACCCAAGCCCACUCUGCUACAGUACCAGCACUGACAGCGGUAUCAGCUGCUUUCAGGGUGCAGAGAGCCCAGGCAAGUAAGACUUUGUUUCUUCUUACCCUCCCCUGCAGUGGUUGAUUUCUUCCUGCCACUCCCCUGCCCUUACGAGUCGGUCUGCAGGUGCCCUGCACAGCUCUGCACGUCUGUUUCCUUUCCACAUGCACCAGACCCAGGAAUGAGGCCAUGAAGCUUCCCUAAGGGAGUGAGACAGCAGCAGCAGGGUGUGCCCUCAGGGUGGCUUCCCUCCUUCCCUCCAGGGGUUGGCCUGUGUAGAACAAGAGUGGGUGGGUGCCAUGUGCUUCUUGUUGGCUCACAGGAGCUCUGUGAAAGUGGCUUGGAUGUGGAUGCUGGAGAGAGCCACAGGGGCUAUUUCCAGCAGCCUCAGCACAGACUCCAUUUUCUAUUCAUCCCAACCCCUGCAGUGGUACGUGUGAUGCUGUGGCGGCCUCUUUGCUUCGGCAGCCCCAGGCUGUCCUUGUUCUGUGGAGGAACAGGCUGCAGGGCUGCCAGAUGGUGCAGGGUGAGUGGCUGGUUCUUCUCAGGACUGAGCAUGGGCCAGGCCCACGGGGGACACUAGAAUCACUUUCCUUUGAAGAGUGGCUUUGUUUGGAAAGCUGAGGCUGAGACCACUGCAGCUGCCAACAGUGCCUGGGCCUCAGUGGAGAGCUGGGAACACUGGGCCAGGCGGGGGUGUGGAGGGAGAAAGGCGGCUGACUGUUGUGCGUCCCUUUGGUUGCUCAGAGCAACCAGGAAAUGGAGAGAAAUGUUCUGGCCACCUGCUGUGUGGUGCCAGCUCAAUGCUGGGGACCCUGCCUGCACCCUCUGGGCCCUGCCGCAGGAGGUUCAGGGGAGUGCAAUUAAGCUCUGAGGCUUUGUGCUUAGUUCAUUGUUUGUUUGUUUGGGGGGGGGGGGGGGGGGGUCAAGGGAGCAGAUCAAGCCCCAGACACUUGGGCAGCUUGUUUGAAGCUCUGAUUCCUUCCCCAGAUGCACCCCCUGGAACAGGGCACGAGAGGGCCAGCUGGGAGCAGCAUAGCAUGGAUGGAGGGUGUAGCUUGUGUCUGCUACCUAAUGUCACUGUGGCAGUGUCCCAUCUCCCCUUCCCCUCACCAGCUACCUGCUGCUUGUCUGAGAGCUUGAAGCUCGCACAAUAGCACCAGCUUCCUUGGAGCAUUGGUGAUGCUCCCCCCCACCCCAGGCUAUGAUGGGGCUCCAGGGGCUGUAGCCUUGUAUAGAGAAUGGUCUUCCCGCAGCUCAGUGGAGAGUUGUCUAUCACUGCAAUGCAGCCAUUAUUUCUGGCGUGGAAGAUGGCAACAAUGGCAGUGAUAUCUAGAGUGGGGCACCCAACAAGUUGGCAAUGGGAGGGUAUUUCUAGCAGCCCCUGCACCAAACAGAAUGCAGGUGCCCUGCCCUGAGCCCAGCAGAUGGAAGACGGUUUCACAAUGGGGUUCACGUGCAGCUUUCUGAACUGGCCUGAUUGUCCUAGAAGGAAGGACAAAGUCCAGAAUGAGACAUAGGGCACUGGUGCCCUGCUGCACCCCUGCCCAGAGAUGGGGCUUGGAGUUAGGGGUGUGGGGGGACUAUGCAGUGACUCUCCUGUUUUCUGUGCAGCUGUGGCUGAGGAGCCAGUGAGCAUGGCUGGGAGGGGAUGCGACACCAUCUACAAAGGCUUUGCCGGGUGCCUGAUCAGCCUGGGGGACAGCAUGGCCCAGAGUGUUCAGAGGCAGCAGGAGGACAGCGGGCAGGAGGUGCAGGAGCUGGACACCAUCUGCAGGUCCUGGGAUGACUUUCACACCUGUGCCACUGGGGUCCUGUCCAGCUGCCCUGAGGAGGCCGCUGCCAUCUGGGAGUCGCUGCGCCAGAAGUCCAGGAAGAUCCAGUUCCAGGGAAACCUGUAUGACCUGUGCAGCUCGCGGACCAAGCUGUCCAGCAGUGCCAGGGGCUCGGAUACAGAUGAGACUAACAAGGAGACCCUGCGUGGCUCAGCCCAGCUCCCCCAGCCUGGGCUCCUGGCCAGCCUACCUCUCCUGGCACUGCUGGCACCCUUUGUCUAGCCAGGGAGCAGCAUGGAAGCCCCUUGGUCCAGGCACUUCCCUGCCAGAACCCACCACAGCACAGACUCCUGGUUUAGUGGGGGCUGCUUCCCAGGCCAAGAGCCAUCUCUGCAAAAUAGAUCAAACUUAAAGUCUGAACAUCCAGCACAGCGAGGAGUGGAGGCACCACUCCCUGCCACCCAUGGGGCAUUCCCUAGCCCAUUCCAGGCUGUGUUAGUGGCUUUGGGGCAAGGUUCCUUUGGUGGCAGGGACACUGGGUCCCCUGAGGCAAAUAAGGAUGGGGCCUGAGGCUCUGUAUUCCCAGUAAUUUUCUUGUUUUUUGGGGUGAUGUGGAGUCUGAGUGCUGAGCCUCCCUCAGCCUUGUGUUCAUGGAGCUCCCACAGAGAACUGGCCUGAUCAUAGUUUCAUAGUUUGUAGGGUUGGAAGGGACCUUGACAGAUCAUCAAGUCCGACCCCCUGCCAUGGCAGGAAAGAGCACUGGGGUCAAACGACCCCAGCAAGGAGUUCAUCUAGCCUCC